CUUGAUGACGCUCACGGUUCAAAGAUGGAAAGGGCUACUCUCUUUGCUGCUGUCAGCUUGGCUAAUGUGUAGCUAACUCAGUCCUGUCUCGCUGCAGCCAAAGACUAGACUUUGAACGUGCAGUUAAUGCAGUCUACAAUCAUGAAGAGCUCCAAAGAGGCCGUGCAGGCAGCCGCCAAGGAGUUUCUGCAGUUCGUCAACAGAGGAGUGUCUCCGUAUCACGUGGUUGAGGAAUGCAAAAGGCGCCUCCGGGAGGCCGGAUUUAUCGAGCUUAAGGAGACGGAGCAAUGGCACAUCAAACCAGCCAGCAAAUACUUUGUGACCAGGAACUAUUCCAGCCUGAUCGCCUUCGCUGUGGGGGGACAAUACAAGCCUGGAAAUGGGUUCUCUAUGAUUGGAGCGCACACAGACAGCCCCUGCCUCAGGGUAAAGCCGAGAUCAAAAAGGACAAAGCAGGGUUGUCUGCAGGUGGGGGUGGAGUGUUAUGGAGGCGGCAUCUGGAACACUUGGUUUGAUCGAGAUCUCACUGUCGCUGGGCGGGUUAUGGUCAAGACUGGGGGGAAGCUUGUCCAUCACCUGGUUCACGUUUCCAGGCCUCUGCUCAGGAUCCCCCACCUGGCCAUCCACCUCCAGCGCGACAUCAAUGAUUCCUUCGGUCCAAACAAGGAAAAUCACCUUGUGCCCAUCCUCGCCACCGCUGUCCAGGAGGAGCUUGAGACAGGAUCGUCAUCCUCUGCAGAUAUUUCUUCACCCUCCAGCACGGCGGAGAAACAUCAUCCAGCGCUUGUGAAGGUGCUGUGUUCAGAGCUGGGUGUUGAUGCAGAAGCUCUGAUGGACUUUGAGUUGUGUCUGACUGACACUCAUCCUGCGGUUUUAGGAGGCGUGUACGAGGAGUUCAUCUUCUCUCCCCGGCUAGACAACCUGCACAGCUGCUACUGCGCCCUGCAGGGUCUCGUGGAAUCAUGUUCUGGAGACUCUCUGAACAAAGACCCAAACAUUCGCAUGAUCGCUCUUUACGACAACGAGGAGGUGGGCUCAGAGAGCGCUCAGGGCGCCCACUCACACCUGACGGAGCUGAUCCUCAGUCGCCUCGCCGCCUCCUCUUCCAACCUCACCUCCUUUCAGCAGGCGGCGCCGCUGUCCUUCAUGAUCAGCGCUGACAUGGCACACGCCGUUCACCCCAACUACCAGGAGAAGCAUGAAGAAAACCAUAGACCGUCUUUCCAUAAGGGCCCCGUCAUCAAGUUUAACAGCAAUCAGCGCUACGCCACCACAGCUGUCACCGCCGCCAUUAUCAGGGAAGUGGCCAGCCAGGUGGACGUGCCUCUGCAGGAUGUGAUGGUCCGUAACGACAGUCCUUGUGGAACCACCAUCGGACCCAUCCUGGCCGCUCGACUCGGCAUCCCUGUGGUGGACAUUGGCGGCCCCCAACUUUCCAUGCACUCCAUCAGGGAGAUGUGCUGCACCUCCAGCGUGCUGCAAAGCACCACCCUCUUCAAGGGAUUCUUCGAGUUGUUCCCUGCUGUCAGGAGCAAGCUGUUGGUGGACUAGGUCAUGAAGGCCUCGCAUAAGUGUUCAGGGUCGCGACGAUCUCGUCAGAGAAGAAAAAACAAUUUUGGAAGCCAAAAAAAAUAUUUUCUUUUGGAAAAUAAAAUCUUCAAGAAACCUGAA